UAAAAGGGUGGUGCAAAAGAAAAUGCACACUCCACUUACAUUUACACUUAAUACCACAGAAUCAUGGACAUUAGUCAAAUAAGUGAUGAAGACAGGAGCGAGAGAGAGACAAGUAAGUGAUGACCAGUAGGGAGAGAGAGAGAGAGACUACAACGGCAUCUUUUUGCUCUCUCUGUAUUUGUUCUGAAGUGGGAUAAUAGCGACUGCUAACGAAGGUGUUCAUCGUCUUAGCCAUUUUUUGGAGGGGCCGUAGAGUGGUAUUUGUUUAUUUGGAGAAGAUCAAUCUGGAGAAAUCCGCCAUGGCGGAUGCGACCAAGGAUGUCUCCGGUGGGGGAGGUUUGAUCUCCGACCUCAAGAGUUUGUUUCCCCUUUUCAGGACGAGGAGAACUGUAGUUUUUGCAUAUGGGUUCAUGUUCACCUUCCUUGCCUUCACUCUCUUCAUCGCCUUCAACCCUUCUGCAACUUCUUCCCCUUGGUUCACUAACAUCUUCGGCAGUCGUAGUUCUGAUUCUUCCUACAGAUCUCAAUUCUCUUCUCUUUUUUCCUACUUCCUCCCUAAUUCUUCUAGACCCUUUUACAGUUCCACUCAAAAUACCCUUUUUCCUCCCGAUCUCAAGGUCUUCAACACCACCACGACACCUCAUGUUCUCCAAACUGCGAAAAAUGGGUCGGAGAUUGCGACACCGGUGGAUAAAAAAGGUUCUUUGAAGAACGGAACAGAAACUAGUAGUGGUAAUGUAAAUUCGCAACCUGUGAGUGCUUCAUUGCAAUCCUCUAAGAAGGAUGAUCUGCCUAAGAAUGGUACUAUGAGUGGGUUGAAUGGGUCUGCAAAAGCGACCCCCAAAUCACCACCAGUGGAUAAGAAAAGUGUUCUGAAGAACAAAACAGAGGAUAGUAAUAGUAAAACGCAGGCUCAAGCAGGUAAUCAGACUGUGAGUGCUUCCUCGCAGUCUACCAGGAAGAAGGAUCCUUCUAAGAAUGGGAACCUUACGGCUUCGCUCUUGAAGAAGGAAGAUGGUUCUUCUCCUGGGCCUUCAUUUGGGAAGCAGGUCAUAUCGAGUCUCCUGAGAUCAAUGAUGCAUUGUAACAUCUUUGAUGGAAGAUGGGUUAAGGAUGAUUCUUAUCCGCUCUACCCUCCAGGAUCAUGUCCUCACAUCGACGAGCCGUUUGAUUGUUUUCUCAACGGUCGGCCGGAUCAAGCUUAUCAGAAACUUAGAUGGCAACCCAAGAACUGCAAUAUCCCAAGGUUGAAUGGGAGGGAGAUGCUAGAAUUGUUGAGAGGAAAACGAUUAGUUUAUGUAGGUGAUUCCCUGAAUAGAAAUAUGUGGGAAUCUCUGGUUUGCAUUCUUAGAAACUCGGUGGAAGAUAAAAGCAGGGUCUUUGAAGCUUCAGGUCGACGGGAGUUUCGAACUGCUGGAUCUUACUCCUUUUUAUUUGAGGAUUAUAACUGUUCCGUGGAGUUCUUUAGAUCUCCUUUCCUGGUUCAAGAAUGGGAAAUUCCAGACACGAAUGGAUCGAAGAAGGAAACUCUGCGACUCGACUUAGUAGAGAGAUCAUCUGAUAAAUACAAGAAUGCAGACAUCGUCGUCUUCAACACUGGACACUGGUGGACUCACGAGAAGACUUCAUUAGGAAAGGGAUAUUAUCAAGAAGGUAGCCAUAUCUAUGAUGAAUUGAACGUUGUAGAGGCAUUUCGAAGAGCUGUAACAACUUGGGCGAGAUGGGUCGAUGCCAAUGUAGAUUCUAAGAAGACCCUGGUUUUCUUUAGGGGCUACUCUGCUUCCCAUUUCAGAGGUGGGCAGUGGAAUUCAGGAGGGCAAUGCGACCAUGAGACUGAACCCAUCAGGAACGAGACGUAUCUGUCGGCAUAUCCACAGAAGAUGACAGUGUUGGAGUCUGUGAUCAAGUGGAUGAAGACACCUAUCUCGUACCUGAAUAUUACAAGAAUGACCGAUUACAGGAAAGAUGCCCACCCUUCUAUAUACAGGAAACAGUAUUUUUCGGAAGAGGAACGGAGAUCUCCAUUGAGAUAUCAAGAUUGCAGCCAUUGGUGCCUCCCUGGAGUUCCUGAUUCAUGGAACGAGCUUCUUUAUGCUCAGCUCUUGAUCAAAUACAACCAGGAACAGCAACAGAAACAACAGCUACUACAGCAAAAGCAGAAGGGAUAAUAGUGGUAAACGGUACACAGAUUAUAGGCCAUGUGAAGCAUUAAAUUAAUGGGUAUCUGUCCCCCACUCUUCAUGUAUUAUAUAGGGUUUUUUGUUCUUCCGUUUUUGGAAAGAAAUAACUGGAAGAAGAUCCAAGAAAGAGUGGUCUCUCUGUUUUAUUAUUA